AUGUUAUGUUCAUCGGCUAGGCGAUUGAGACCUCUUGUUCACCCGUCCGGACGCCUGGAGCACUACCCAACCGUCAACAACAUCGGCAACGUCUUUCAUCAACUUCAUUCCAAAGGCCUCAACACCGUUCGAGGUGUUCACCAGUCAACGACCACCAAUAAGACUCCAAACUUCUCUUUUGGAAAAUACCACAAUACGCAACGCCUUCGUCUGCGUUGUAACGGUGUCGUUGGUAGUCAAUACAUUGGUGAUAAUUCUGGUGUAAAGGGACCAUUUGCAAAGAUGUCGGAUCUAUUGAUGAGUCGUCGUUCCUACAUGACGGCUAAGGGGUUGUUCAAGGUCGAGAAGCAUUUGAUCCCUGCUUUUCCUAUCCGAGAGCAUCCCAGGGGUACCUGGAAGGAUGAUGAUAGGUUGGAGUUGAUGGUUAAUCAAUAUAAACCGGUCAAUAAUCCAGAGCCAAAAGCUGGGGAUUUGACUUUGAUCGUAGCGCAUGCGAAUGGGUUCCAUAAAGAAUUGUACGAACCAUUCUUUGAAUAUUUGGUUGAAGACUACGAGAAGCGUGGGGCCAAGUUGAGGAAUAUCUGGAUCGCGGAUAUUCAUAACCAGGGAGAGUCUGGGGUUUUGAAUGAGAAGACGCUUGGUGGUGACAUCAGCUGGUUUGACCAUUCGCGUGACGUCUUCUCAUUGAUCAUGCACUUCCCUAAGGACAUUGUCCGCCCCAUCGCGGGUAUUGGUCAUUCUAUGGGAGGAGCCCAGCUCUUCCGUGCUUCGCAUAUGCAUCCAACCCUCUUCACUUGUCUCAUUGGUGUCGACCCCGUCAUUGCCCCAGAGACAGCGUUCCCGGCGUCUGCAAAUCCAGCUGCUAUGUCUGCCAAGCGCCGUGAUAUCUGGCCUUCCAUGGAAGACGCUAAAAAGUUCUUCAAGUCUCGCCCAUUCUAUCAAUCUUGGGACCCCGUUGUCUUGGACCUUCAUAUGAAAUACGGUCUUCGUAAGGUUCCAACUGCUAUCUACCCGGACCCAUCUAAAGUUGAAGGUGGCACCAAUGCCGUUACCUUGACGACUACGAAGCAUCAAGAGGUCUUUACAUUCUGGAGAACCAGUCUACAGGAUCGACUCGACCCUAAAGAAAUGUUCACAUUGUUGGAUAAGAUCAAGGUCCCGGUUUGUUAUAUCCAGGGGGAGACGAGUGUUAUUAAUUGGGGCAACAACAAUGAACUCAAAAUGGAGGUCACCCCGAAGCCAUGUGAAAUGCAUAUCGUUAAGGAUUGUGGGCAUUUAGUCCCACAAGAGAAACCGAAGGAAUCUGCUGAGAUCGCCUCGGAGUACCUCUACCGCCAGGUGAAAAUCUGGGGUAAGAAGACCGAGGAGGUCAAAGACAACUGGCCGUCGACUAUGACCAUUAGUCCACGAUACUUCGAGCCACGAUCCCGUGAAUCGAAGAUCUGA